AUGCAUUUCCCGCUAUUUCUUCUUCUCAUUUUCUUCGGUGCCCCUGCAUUUUGUGCACCGGAUCGUCAAUUCCAAGAAUGGGUCGGAGGAGAAAAGCUGUUCUCAAAUGAUAUUUCGACUUCUCCCGUUCUAAACAGUCCAGCCCCUACAGAAGUCUCCUUGGAUCCGGACCAACAAGCAGAAGUGGAAGCGAAAAAAAUGACUGCACGAAAUAUUGCGAUUGACUUGAGGAGAAUUAUCAUCAUUUGUGUAUUCCUUGUUCUCAUCGUUUACGACAUCUGGAUGCGUGCUAUGGGCCCAGCCUUCCAAGUGAUCGUCAAAUACCAGCCACCAGGCGAGAAGCGCUUUUGUUCAGCCGUGGAGGAAGUAUGA